AUGAAGCUAUGCUUUGUGACUGUGGGGGCCACGGCUUCCUUUCAGAAACUACUUGAACAAAUACUUAGUUCGCAGUUUCUCGAGACGUUAGCCAAGCGUGGCUACACCCAUCUUCUUAUUCAGUACGGUAAAGAUGGCCAGCAAAUUUUCCAAAACUUCAUCGACAGUGACCAGCCCCACCACGGUCUCACCCUUGGAGGAUUCGAUUUCCAGCCGAGCAUUGAUGCGCAAAUGAUGAUGACCGUGGAAAGAGAGGCGCUUAAUCAAGAGCGUGGCUUGAUUAUUUGUCAUGCUGGAACUGGAACUGUUCUGGCAGGACUUCGUCUGGGUGUGCCCUUGAUUGUGGUCCCCAAUCCAGAUCUUGCCGAUAACCACCAGCAGGAACUGGCUGAUGAGCUAGAGGCAGGGAACUACGUGAUUAGUAGUUCGGUCAAUGAUGUGGGCAAUGCAAUUAGCAGAGCAGAGACUCAGAAGGCUGAGGUAUUGUCUAUGCGAACUGGAAAUACAACUCUUGCGGAAAGUAUGUCUGACGAGUUGGGCUUUUUGGACUAA